GGCAUCACUGGUUGUUUAUCCUCUUUAAUUGAACUAUUAAACCUAUGUCUUUAUACUGCAAAAAGACGACUUGAGAUCGACACAAACAUGCCCUUGUUCAUAUCCCGCUAUUUCCCCCUUUUUUUCUUAUGACCAAUGCAGCUUGUAUUUGCAACCUAAGUUCAUGAACAGUCAAUGCCAAGAGAAGUUGUAAAGGUGUAUUCGCAGUUAUGCUUAGAUAUUACAUGGACACACAGUUCUGAUAUCAACUAUUGGGUUAUGCAGAGCUUUUACUUGGAAUUAGGAGAAAAUGAGACUCGUGUAUACCCGGCCCCUUUCUCCAAUUUACGGCAAAUAAGAGCUGAUUAGUCUAUUGUCCUUGACUUUUCCUUUUGAGCAACAGUGAUCUGAC